AACACCAGGCGGAGGUAAACAAUGAAAAGCUAAUAUCUUUGAGGUAGAAGACGGUUGUGUUGUCGUGUCUCGGCAGAAUAUUUCAGAGUUUCAGCAACAAUGUCUUCAGUUCAGCAUCUGAGAGAGUUUAUCAGCGAGCGACUAACUGCUGCUGCUGAAGAAAUAUUCACAGAGUUUGAAAAAACCAUCGUCCAGUACGAAGAAGUGAUCGAUCGCCAGCGCAGACUGCUGGAUAUCACCUGGAAACCACAGAUAAAGUUAAUCAGAACAGGCAUCCAACAGCAACAUGACCGUGAAGAGGAGGAAGUUCUUGCUGACCAGCAGCUCUUUAAUCAGGAGAUGAGCUCCAGUCUGGACCAGGAGGAACCAGAACCUCCACAGAUCAAAGAGGACCAGGAGGAAGUCCACAUCAGUCCGGAGGGGGAGCAGCUUGUUCUGAAGGAUCAGACUGACAUUAUGGUUCAAUGCAAGUUUGAAUCUGAAGAAAUAGACGUCCCACACCUUCAUCUCUGUAAGGAGGAGGAAGAGGAUCUCACCAACCAGCAGCUCUGUAACCAGGAGAGGAACUGUGGUAUGGACCAGGAUGAACCAGAGCCUCCACAGAUGAAAGAGGAUCAGGAGCAGCAAUCCACCAAUCAGGAGGGAGAUCAUCUUGUUCUGAAGCAGGAGACUGAAACUUUUAUAGUGACUCCUAAUAAUGAGGACGGUGAUCACAUGGAACCAGAACCAAACAGUAACCAGCUCUUCUUUAACAACUCUCUUCUGGCAGAGCGUCAUGUUCAGGAAGCAAACAGGGAUGUUUUCUCAGCGUCUGCUAUAAAUACAGAGCAGGAGAUGGACAGCUCAAACAGAAGCCACACUAACAACAAAGGAAACUCUUCCAGUUCAGACAUUCAUUGUAAAAAUGAUAAAUCUAGGAAGCCUGUGAACUGGGACAUUUGUGGAAAAGCUUUUAAAAACAAGUCACAACUGAAUAAGCAUCACUCUCUGCACACUGGUGAGAAACCAUACCUCUGUAUAAAAAGUUUCCAUCAAAGCAGUAAGUUCACUGUUCACAUGAGAGCUCACGCUGGGGAGGAGCCAUUUUCUUGUAAAACAUGUGGGAAAAGAUUCAGUCUACAUGAAAACUUGACAGCCCACAUGAGAUGUCACACUCAGGAAAGGCGAUGUUGUUGUGAAAUGUGUGGAAAAUGUUUCAGUCGCAAAUGUAAUUUGACAAAGCACAUGAGAAUUCACACAGGUGAGAAGCCGUAUUGUUGUAAGAUAUGUUCAAAAAGUUUCAGUCAAAAUAGUAAUUUAACUGUUCACAUGAAGAUCCACACAGGUGUUAGGCCGUUUACUUGUAAGGUUUGUGGAAAAAUGUUUCGUCAUAGUAAUUCAUUUAAUGUCCACAAGAGAAUCCACACAGGUGGGAAGGUUCAGUCGAAGUGAUUACAUGGGGCCGGUUGUUCAAACAUAAUCCUAGAGGAUUUCGGUUAUCGGAUAGGAUCAGAUCUUGAAAAUGCGUUGUUCAAAACGGAAAUCCAGAUUCUGAAAUCCACUUGGAUCACCUAAUCCAAUCCUGGUUGUUAUCCGGAUAAAACCCUCAGUUCAAAAUUUUGGAGUAGAAUCUGGAUAACUUUGAUCCAAAAAAACAGGAUUAUCCUGAUCCCAACAGAGGGCAGGAUUACAGGGUGGAUUUCAGAAAGAAACUGCGGUCAAACCUAACAGCUGAUCAAAUAAUAGAACUUUUUAUUCGGUAAAUAUGCUUAUUUUUGUGUUUUACACCUGACUUAACCGUUACAGUGAUAAAGUAGUUAACACAGGGACAGGCUCCUAUUAAGUCUUUCAGCGUAGAAAAAUAAAACGGUAAAAUAGCACAAUGUAAAAAUAAAAACAUGAAAUAAACGACCAAACAGAUCCAAUAACAAACACUAAUAUAAUAUUCCAUUUUCCUGUUAUUCAUCACUGGGGUUAAUAAUCAAUAUUCAUAAUCAGAGGAGAGCCUGUCAAAAAAUGAAAUUUCUAACGGUUGCAUCCCUCUCUACACGUCCGUCCCUCAUUCUGACAGAAUGACAGAGGUUGGUUCGGUACUUCCACCCGGUGCGUCACUAACACGCCACAGAGAGGGAGACUCCACAUGGUCGCCGUGUGAUGCAGGACAACACACGUUACAUGCUCCUGCUGGUUCUACUCACAAAGCAUGCAGACCGUCUCUUCCUGCUGUUCUUCACAUGGCCGGCAGCGAACACUGAUCUACAUGCUGGAAAUCCAGAUUACAUGAUCCUGAAAAACAGGAUUCUGGAUCAGGGUGAUCCAAUCCUGUUUUGCUUUAAACAACAGGGAUAAAAGUAAGCCGGAUUACGUGAUCCGCCGUCCUGAAAAAAUGGAUUACGAAAUCCGGAUAGCUUUUAUCCGGAUUAAAUUUUUUGAACAACCGGCCCUUGAUGUUCACAUGACGACCCACACUUGUGAAAAUUUACAGAAUAAAGGAGGGGCUUGAAUGAGACUUAUUACACUGCUUUGCUGUGCAGAUGCAACAGUUGGGAACACAAAACAAAGGCAGCUUCUUCUCCAUUUUCUCAGGGCAGUUUGUUCUUGGAUGCAGACGUUUAAUUUCUCAGAUCCCUCCGAACUUGUUACCUCUACUGCUUACAUCUCGGUUCAGCCAAGGCAGUCUUCAUGGGGUGCAGUCAUGCAGGUUUUAGAUGUUUCCUGCUGCAACACACCUGAAUCACUUUAAUGGGUCAACAUGCUUGAGCAGAACAAGCUGUUGAAGAGAGACAUUUAAUCAGAAUCAGUUGUGUUGGAGCAAGGAAACAUCUAAAACCCACAGGAUUGCAGCCGACAUGGACAGGCGCUGCCCAUCCCUGUCUUACGCUAACCAAGCUAUGUCAUGAGCACAUGUAAGACUAAUAUGAGACUAAAUGAGAUUUGCUUGUUAAAUGUAAAUUAGUUGUGUGAUAGUUGGAAUGCUAAAAUCAUUAGUAUGGUAUCAUUAGCUAAAUCAUUAAAACUCUUAAACUUUCUCACCACACAGCAUUAAUGGCUAUGUUUAUUUCACGUUUGCUCUAUUUUUGUUUUUAAAAGUUUUCUUAUUAAAAUG